AUGGACGCCCGCCGGAGUCGGUCCUUCGGCGGAUGCGGUACGUGUCGGAACCGUCGUAUGAAAUGUGACGAGGGGAGGCCAACAUGUUCCAUGUGCGAGGCCUCUGGCCUUACGUGUAGUGGUUACGAGAAAAACAUCUUCUUUGACUUUGAAGAUAUUCCCAGCUCAGGCAUGGCGCGGUUCCGGCGCCCCUUGCUCACGGAAGAAGAGCGUGCGUCUAUGAGCGAGAAGCUCAUCUCGAGCAUCCCGCCGGCUCUGACUCUUUGGCACAUUGCGCAGAUUGAGGACGAAUGCGAAAGACUGCCGAUAUCUCAAAGCAUAGAGAUUAGCCGAGGCCCAUUUGGAGUAUUCAGAAUUCCUCAGUGCUCAAAGACGAUUCCUGAGGAGUUAUCCGACCCGAGUCCCGAGUCGGACUUUGCAGAGGUUGUGGAAGCUGUGCAGGGGGACCAAGGUGUCUUUGAAAACGACGCCGAGAACAUUGACGAAGAGUUUCUGGCCCCGCCUGAGGCUCCGCCUUUAAGAAGAACGCCAUCAUCGAUGGCAGGGCCGAGCUUAGAUCGUGUAGAUCUACGACCGUUAAGUCCUAUGAACGACUUCUGGAAUAUGAACGAGUGGUGGAACGUGGGCGACCUUCCAAGUAUAGGUAACUGGUGGGAUACACCGAUCGACUUGGAUCGCGUGCGAGACGUCUCCGAUGAGAUUCCUUUCCCGGGGCUUCAGCAGUCUCCUAGGUCAUUGAUGGCAUCACAGGAGACUGGUCUCAGCAACAUCUUCCCGGAGACGCAGCCCCAGCAAUUAGCAACACCCGAAAGCAACUCUAUCCCACCUACCAUAGACUGCGCAGUCCCUCAUGAUGCCGUCUUUCUUCUCAAACACUACUCUACAACCGUCCUCCGUGGCUUCACUCCGUUCCGUCAUAGCAAAACCCCCUGGCAUGUUCUUUUCAUCCCGUACGUCAAAAGCUGCCUGGCCGCUCUCACCCUCGGCGAGGAAAUGGACCACGCCAGCUUGACCGCAUUCUUCGGCACGCUCGCCAUCAGCGCAUCCAGCCUCGGCGGCAUCACCGGCUCUCGCAAGUGGUCCGAACAAGCCAAGAGCUACAAGCAGCGAGCUCGACAUCACGUUCGUCUCAUGCUCCAAACGGCUUACGACGUGCCAAAGACGGCAAAGUACAAGUCUAUCCUUAUUGCGAUCCUGACCAUGGUCCAGAUCUCGAGCGUGUCGGGGAACCGAGAUCAGGCGGAGUGCUACCUGCUGGAGGCCGAGAAAUUCGUUCGCGUCAAGGGACUCAACCGCAAGAAGUCGCGCAAGGUCCGUCUUCUCCACCACUGCUAUGUUUUCGAGCGCCUCUUGCACGAAAGCACAUACUCGGGGAGCGUCCAGUCUGAGCAUCGCAAACACGUGCGCAAGGCCAUCGAAGCUAGCAACGCCAUUUCUUACAGCCUGGACAGCCUGUCUUUCCGACUGGCAGACUGGGAGAACCUGGAUCAGGACAUGAAGAAGGUCAAGGAUCAGCAAGAAGGCGAGAACGAUUUGCACCUACAGAUACCCGGUAUCUGGGCUGCCACUCUGUACCCGGAGAUAUUCGGCAUCCCAGAGAUCCACGUCUUCAUGCUCUCCGUGGUCAUCCGUCUCGGACGAGCCAAAGACGAGGGGACGUAUUCCGGCGGAGCCGGGCUCAAGGAGUUCAUGAGCCGGGCCAAGGCCGUGGAGAGGUGCAUUCACCAACUCAAGCGGAAGCCGGGGUACGUCGUGGCGGACGCGCCGAUCACGGACCCGGAGCUGCGGCACUGCCAGCAGCUGCUGGACAACCUCGCGCAGGCGAUGCAGCUCGCGCUGGCCAUUUAUUUCUAUCGGAGGAUAUACGACGUGGAGGCGGAGAUGCUGCAGGACAAGGUGGUCGGGGUCCGGGACUGUCUGCUGCGUUUCGAGGCGACGGAGUCGGAGAUGGGGUACGGCUCGGCCAGGCUGGUGUGGCCUGCGUUCAUAGCGGCGAGCGAGGCCGAGGAUCCGGAGGUACGGAUGUCGUUUAGUCAGUGGUUCAAGGACUGGGCGCGGCGGAGCGGUCUUCGGAUAUUCAGCGACUCUCUGGCGGAUAUCGAGAGGCGUUGGGAGGUGAAGCGAGGAUCGGAGGCGGCCAAGAUCGCUGUGACUGGCGCAGGCUCAGGCAUGGGCCUCUCUACCGCCCAGCUCCUGGCUACGCGCGGCGCAAAGCUGUCACUGGCCGACAUCAACGAGGAAUCUUUGAAAGAAGCAAUCAAGACUUUGGCAGACAGUGAUAGCCACAUUUAUGAGGUCGUCGAUGUCAGAGACGGCGGGGCGGUUGACAAGUGGAUUCAAAACACUGUCCAGAAAUACGGCAAGCUCGAUGGCGCGGUGAACAUGGCCGGGGUCAUCACCCAUGCCACGCCCGUCGCAGAGCUCUCAGACAAGGACUGGGACUUCGUCUUCGCGGUGAACGCCAAAGGUGUCUUCAACUGCCUGAGAUCUCAGAUCAAGGCAAUGUCCGCGGGCGCGAGUAUUGUAUCUGCGGCAAGUGUCUUCGGGCAAUUUGGCGCCCCGGGUAACGCCGCAUACUGCGCCAGCAAAGCGGCAGUCAUCGGGUUAUCGAGGACAGCUGCUAAAGAGAACCAGAACAUCCGCGUCAACUGCGUCUCUCCUGGAUCCGUCAACACUCCAUUGUCAAGAGGAGAGAAUCCGGAAGAUGUCAAGCGUGGUUUGCAAGUGACUGCACAGAAAAGAAGAGCGGAGCCAAUUGAGAUCGCCCAGGUCAUUGCGUUCUUGCUUAGCGAUGAGGCCUCUUUCGUGACGGGGGCCGUAUAUAACGUCGACGGUGGUUGGGUUUGUUAG